CUCAACGUUUUACGAGAAAAAUUUGUAAAUUUCUCACAAAUUAAUAAAAAAAAAUGAGUUCUCAAACAGUGCGUACGCCUGUUUCACAAAUUAUACACAGUAAAGAUGAAGCCGAAGAAGAGGAGCCCAAGAAAAAGUCGCGUGAAGAUUGGCGUAAAGCCAAAGAGCUAGAGGAGGCUCGUAAAGCUGGUACUGCACCGGCGGCGGUGGAUGAAGAAGGUCGUGACAUUAAUCCUCAUAUACCACAAUACAUAUCGAAUGCUCCUUGGUAUUAUGGUGCUAAAGGACCCACAUUGACUCAUCAAAGACCCCAGCGCGAUGAAGAUCAAGGCGCUUUGGAGCGUAUGGCUCCCAAAGGUGUUGAUACCAGUCGCUUGGUUACGAAAUUUCGCAAGGGAGCCUGUGAAAACUGUGGAGCCGUGAGUCAUAAGCGUAAAGAUUGUUUGGAGAGGCCACGCAAGGUUAUAGCGAAAUUUGCCGAGUCCAUAGUGGUGCAUGAUGAGCAUAUAGCGCAGGAUAAUUCAGUGAAUUAUGAUGAGAAAAGAGAUCGCUGGAGUUCCUAUGAUCCAGCCAAUCAUCGGGAAAUUAUUGAAGAGUUUGAGAAGGUGGAAGAAGCCAAAAGGCAAUUAAAGGCAGAAAAAUUAAAAAAUGAUCCUGAUGCGGAAAUAUCUGAUGAUGAGAACAAUGAAGAUAAAUAUGUGGAUGAAGUUGAUAUGCCGGGUACUAAAGUAGACUCUAAACAGCGUAUUACAGUGCGUAAUUUGCGUAUAAGAGAAGAUACCGCCAAAUAUCUAAGAAAUCUGGAUCCAAAUUCGGCCUACUAUGAUCCCAAAACAAGAUCUAUGCGUGACAAUCCCAAUCCUAGUACAGCAGAAGAAGAAGCUGAAUUUGCGGGAGAAAAUUUUGUGCGCUUUAGCGGUGAUACCACAAAACAUUCCCAAGCCCAAUUGUUUGCCUGGGAGGCUCAUGGCAAAGGUGUAGAUGUGCAUUUGCUGGCCGAACCCACAAAGCUGGAACUAUUGCAGAAGGAAUAUGACAAAAAGAAAGAUCAAUUUAAAUCAAGUACUAAAGAACACAUUGUGGAGAAAUAUGGUGGAGUUGAGCAUUUAGAGGCUCCCCCAAAAUCUCUACUACUCGCCCAAACUGAAGAAUAUAUAGAAUACUCUCGUAGUGGCAAAGUUAUUAAGGGCAUGGAAAAGCCAAAAGCUCGUAGUAUUUAUGAGGAAAAUGUAUAUAUAAAUAAUCAUACGACUGUAUGGGGUAGUUACUGGAAUGGUGGCCGCUGGGGCUAUAAAUGCUGUAAAUCAUUUAUAAAGAAUUCCUAUUGUGUGGGCAUGAAAGAUCCCGAAACGGUUAAUGAAUUUAAAAUGCCGAAUCCAGUGCCCGCUUUAGCAACAGUUACCAAGGAAAAAGAUGAGGAGGAAUCGUCUACAGCUUCUACAAGUUCAAGAAUACCACAGGAAGAGGCUAAUAGCAAGUCUAAUAACGAAGAGGAAGACAAAGAAUCCUCAUCAUCUAGCUCUUCUUCCUCUUCAUCAUCUUCGGAAGAUGAAGCAGAACUGCAAAAGGCUGCUUUGGAAAAUAAAAAACUCAAAAAGAAAUUGAAGAAACGUGAAAAGAAGAGAGCUAAAAAACUUAGAAAGAAGGAGAAGAAAUUGGCCAAAGAAAAAAGACGUUUCGAGGAGAAAGCCAAAGGUAAAUCAGACAAAGAUAAGAAAUCUGUUAAAGAGUUGCUGGAUGAUAGAAAACGGCCAUACAAUAGUAUGUAUGAUGUCAAGGCACCCACAGAAGAAGAUAUUGAAGAAUGGCAACGUAAACGUACAAGGGACGAGGAUCCCAUGUUACAAUUUAUGGACAAGUAGAUGUAAAUGAUGCUGUAUAAAAUGUGUAAUAAAAUGUUUUUAAGAAAUAAAGAGUUUCAAACAA